AACCAGGCGAAAACCAGGGCUUUUGCAAGUUCUGCUAUCCGCCAUUGUUAUUGCCUGCCUUCUUCCUUCACCCACACAUUGCGUAUAGUUUCUGUUUUCCUCUUGUAGUCUCCCAAUCGAACAUUCCUUCCUUCGCUCGAUUUGAAAAGCCGAGAGAAUAUAACGUCAAUGUGCUCCUCGCUCAUCGCCAGCUGAUGUUCCGUCUUCCGUGAAACCCUUCUGCGAUUUCUGGCAGUAUGGGAGCUCAGAAGAGCAUCCAUGCAGGGAAAGCCAAGAUUGAUGUGAAUGUUGAUUUAACUCACAAGCUAUGUACCUCUUUGAUGCUCCUCCCUCCUAUUCCUAUCAGGGACGGUGGGAGUCCUCUGUCACUGGUUAUUGGAAGUCUUUGCAUCAAGCACCCUAAUUUAUUUGGGGGAAGUGAGAAGCUGGAUGUGUCAUGGGACAAAGGACUUUAUGAUUCAACCGUUUUAGUGGCUUAUAGGAGGCCAAGACCAGAAUGGCUUCCUCAACAAUGUUUUGUCCUUCAGCAUUCUGUUUCGCCUGAAAUCGGGGUACAUGGUACACCAGUUGACAAUUUUUCUCGAUCUGGGAGUGGAGGUGUGAAUCUGUCCCGAUUAUCACUCGGUGUUGAUCUUAAUGAGCCGGCGAGUUCUAACUGGACUAGCACAACUAGUAUUAAAUUUGAGCAUGUCAACAUACUAAGUGAUGAUGGCCGCUCUAUUACUAGGGAUAUGGAGGGGUUUCCAGUGACUUGUAGUGGCAGUACACAUGACAGCAUGGUAGUUCUUAAGCAAGAGUCUCGAUAUGCAAAGGCAACUAAUGACAGUUUUUCUCGUUUCAGUAUGCAAAUAGAACAAGGGAUUCCUGUUCUGUCCAAGUGGCUAAUUUUCAAUAAGUUCAAGUUUGUUGCAACAAAAGGUCUCAAACUUGGACCGGCAUUUCUCGUUGCAAGCCUGACAGGUGGUUCCAUCGUAGGGGACAUGGCUCCUUAUCAAGCAUUUGCAGUAGGCGGCCUUGGUAGUGUGCGAGGGUAUGGUGAGGGUGCUGUUGGAUCAGGAAGAUCAUGUCUGGUUGCUAAUAGUGAAUUGACAUUGCCCUUGACCGAGACUUUGAAUGGUGCUCUAUUCUUGGACUGUGGAUCCGAUUUGGGAUCUGGCCGCCUUGUACCUGGAAACCCAGCACUGAGGCAAGGGAAACCCGGGUCUGGGACGGGGUUCGGUUAUGGUCUUCGGUACAAGUCUCCUAUCGGGCACUUGCAGAUUGACUAUGCUAUGAACUCAUUUAAGCAGAAAACUGUCUUCUUUGGCAUCAGCAACCUUGGUUUAUGAAUGUUCUUUGUUUCGCCAAGAAAAGGUUUGCUGCUUCACCUCUUUUCAACCAUAAGAACAACUGCAGGUUGCAGUAGCAACGUCGUAAGAAGAGCAGAGUCCAGUCUUCGUUUGACACCAGCAUUGUCUUUAAUUAUUGUUUCAUUUUUAGGGGCUUGCUGGUUUCGAGUAUAUACAAUUGAGUUAGGCAUUCACUAGUGAACUCUCAUUUACUUGUAGUUGUUUCCCAGGCACUAUUUUGACAAGACAUUUAGAUCCUUAUUGGGAAAGAACUGUUAUUAUCAUUACAAACCACUUUUAUCAGUUCCAAUAAGGACUGAUGCCAAAUUUAGCCCUCGAAACUUCAAUACAGCUGUGCGGGAGCCAGGAGCCCCUAAACUUUGUGUUUUUACGCAGGACGAGCCCUUGAACCUAGGCCCUAGCAACUUCUCCAAGCUUUACCAUUCAUGUCAAAGUCGAUAGAAUUGGUCUUUACGGUCAAACUCUAUAUAGAUGGGAACAUAUUGUAAAGCUUAGGAAUAAGAGGUACAAGUUUGUCGCAUUAGUAAAGUUGGUGGCCUUAAGGUCAAACUCUAUAUAGAUGGGAUAGUGGGGAAAAAAGGUUGCUGCCGUUUUGGUUUGCAGGCGAAAAGGAUUCCAUUUUCUUCUUCUUGUUCUAUAUACCUUUCUGGCCAUGGCGACGUGAGCAGUGAGGGGAGAGGGAAACUCUCUUGUCGGGUGUGUGAAACCCAAGAGAAGCUUCCUCACUCCAACUUAAACCUCUAAUUUGAUGCU